AUGACAGAGCUGGCGUUGGAGACUGUGCGCCAGGAAUUGCAGAACCAGCAUGAGAUCCUCCUUGUGCGGCUUGAGGAGUUCAUAAAGAAACUCGAGGGUCGACUGCAACAGCCCUUUCCGCAUACUGUGAUCGUGAAUGAAAAUGAACACGGCAACAAUGGCAGCCUGUGGGAUGACCCAGACGAUGAGACGAUCUUCCCGCAGUCGCUAAAUAUCGGCAGCAAGAGCCUCAUUGCCGAGGAUGUGGACCGUUCGACCGGUUUAGACAGCUACACGCUGGCCAAGCAGCAAGGUAGCCGGAUCGACACACUUUUCAAGAGCAAAACUGAGGAGGCGAGCCUGAAAGUGCCCAGCUCGUCUACAGCUGCAACUAUCUGUCCCACUUUGCAGAGAUGGUGCGCACGUAUAGUGGGCUCCCUCUUCUGUGAGCUAUUCUUCGCUUGUGCGAUCCUGACCAACUCUAUAUAUUUGGGCGUUCAGCUGGAAGUUACCGCAUCUCAGGGACAGGAUGCAGUUCACAAUGAGGUUGCCUUCACAGUUCUCAACAUGUUUUAUGCGGUGAUCUUUUUGUUGGAGGUUGGCUUGAGGCUAACGGCAUUUGGACCUAGAGCAUAUUUCUUUGCCAGCAGUUGGGCAUGGAACUGGCUAGAUGUUUUUGUGGUGACUUCCACAUGGGUGGAGCUGUUGGUCGGUUUGAUGGAGGUGGAAGGUUCAGAGGGCCUUUCCAACAGCAACCUUCGACUCUUGAGGCUGGUGAAAGUGAGCCGCCUGGCACGUGUAAUGCGCAUGCUUCGAGUGGUUCAAUACGUCAAGCCGUUGAGGACGCUGAUGCACUGCCUCGUGGACACCACCAAGUCCUUUAUUUGGUCAUUCCUCCUGCUGUUUUUGAUGAUGUAUGUCUUUGGUCUUCUCUUUACGGAUGCUGUUUUGGAUUAUAUGUUUGACCAGACGAAAAAUGCCGCCCCGGAUCAAGCUCCGGACCAUGUUCAGCUAGCAAAGUUUUUCGGCUCUGUGGCGAAUUCCAUCCAGACGCUGUUUCGCUCAGUGUCAAAUGGGCUUGACUGGAGUGACGCUGCGGAGGAGCUGGCCCCUGUGGGCAUGAUAUGGGUGUGGAUCUUCAAUUUCUAUAUCUGCAUCAUUACGCUGGUGCUUGUCAACGUGCUAACUGGUGUAUUUUGCAACUCUGCAAUCAAAGCUGCUGAGCGCGAUCACGAGAUGGUCAUUCAGGCUCUUCAACAGAACAAGAAGGAUUUCAAGACAUUGGUCAAGAACCUUUUCUGGAGGAUUGAUGAUGCGCACAACGGCUUAAUUACGAUUUCCGAGUUCGAGAAGCACUUUGAUGAUGAUGCGGUCAGGGCGUUCUUCGAAUCGCUGGAAAUGAACGCGUCUGAUGCGUGGACCUUGUUUGCGAGCUUGGAUGCAGAUGGUGAUGGGGCCAUAAGCUUGGAAGAAUUUGUGGACCGGUGUGUGCAGCUGCAUGGUCCGGCCAGGGCAGUGGACCUUUACGCGCUUAAGCAAGGCCAAGUUAAACUUCGGAACGAGAUACAGAAGAUUUUCGAUCUCCAGAAAUCGAUGCACGGAGCCAAACAAGCACAGGCUUCAACAACUUUGCGGAACCGUGCGGCAGCUGCAGACUUCAUGGCGAAGGCAUACUCGCUCAAGUCGGAAGAAAGUGAUCCGCAUAUGCUAUGCGCGAUCCUUGGUAUGGAGAAGUGCGUACAGGUGCCGCAGUCCACAGGCUGGCAUGUCUCACAAGUCCUGACCUGGACAAUGCCUGGCGCAGAAAGGUCAGGUCGCGUGCCCCAGUUCAGCCAGCCGUUAGCAGCUGCAGCCGAGUCAGUCAAACUGGUAUUGUCACUGGCGCGGUCAAGGACAGGAGUCAAGAACCAGUCAGCCAUGUCUUGCAAAUACCGGCGACGCAGCAAUAUCGAAUUCGGAUGGGUGCUUGCACAUGCCCGCAACACAGCCACAGGUAAGGCGGAAGCAACAGAAUGCUUUGGCCGCGCUACGCGCCUUCGAGGUCGCGACCUCGGUUCACACUUCAGGAAUUUGACAGGCUCGGCCGAGAACGAGAUGCGAUGCUGGCGAAGUAUCGGCAAAAGUACGGAGACUGAGGUCAUUCGAAAAGUUUCACCCUGCAUUGCCAGCCGAGGUAGUGCAUGCCACGCGAUGUUUGCAGUGGGAGCUGAGACUGCUUUGCUUUUGUUAUCAGCAGGCAGAAUGGCCAUCGAUGACUUUGUUCACAGCGCAAGGACCGUGGAAGCCGUGGGCAGACCAGAUGAAGGCUGGUGGAACGGUAGUGCCAGAUUCAUGAUAAGGUUUGCGGAGCGACUUCAGGACAGCUUCAGGUGUGACGCUUUGGAGCGUGGCAGCACAGUUUGGCCUGUGUACAGUGGUGCCGUUGGUGCGAGCACCUGGUGCCCUUUCCGCCAAAGAUUCGUGGUGGCCGUUCAUCUUGGUAUCCAGCAUGGUUAUUCCACGCACUCCGUGGAAUUUACCAUGAAGAUCGUGGCCAAAGCGAGCAAACUGAUGCCUACCAUGCUUAUCUCGGGCCUACUGGGCAACUCCAGCCACUUCCAGGCCUUGGACUAUGUUGCAGCUUUGCUGCUGUGCGCAGGCACAGCGCUUUUCUCCUACGGUGGUGGUCAUGCUCUGAAUGCGAGCUCCUGGCAGCAGGUGGUUGGCAUGCUGGCCCUGGCGUUAUCCUGCCUUUUCGAUGGUUUGGUUCCAAACCUGCAGCAAAAGAUUUUGCGCACCGGAACAAAGCCUGCAGAGCUGAUGGCGCGAACCAAUGCCAUCGGCUCACUGACAGGAAUUGCUGGCAUCAUUCUGAGUGGCGAUGCGAUGUCAGUGGUUGAGUACGCAGGUCAGCAUCCUCAGCUGCUGUGGCUGAUCCCGGCCAUCGGACUGUCCCUGGCAGGCAGUGUGUUCUGCUACACGGACUUGGUGGCCUGUGCUGGCUCCGUGCCGGCCGUGGCUGUGGCAACUACUCGGAAGAGUGCCUCGCUGCUGCUUUCGUAUGUGUUGUUUCCAGGAAAGCCGUUCGGAGCCUGGCGCGGACUUGGACUGCUCGUCCUGGCAUUGGGCCUGCUGCUGGCGGAGCGUCGUGCGGCAUCACGCGGUCCUGCUCGAGGCGUCGGACUUGUGCAGACUGAAUCCGGCUCCUACGCUAAAUUGAAGCUGCUCAAGCAGACUGCAGAGCAACGGUAUUCCACCAUCCUGAGUGGGUGA